AUGAGCACUUCAGCACCACGAGGGCGCGUGAGAAUCAAAGGCGCCGCCGAUUACGAUGAAGCCGCAUACUGGGACACCAAAUUUGCGACAGGGAAAGAUGCCGGUGAAUGGUUGAAUUCCGGGGACAUCCUUAUCGAUGCUGCGUUGUCCGAAUUGAACCGUCGCCCUCAUCCUGACGCGACCCCGCGCGUCUUGCACCUUGGUCCAGGUAUUUCUACCUUGGGUACGAGACUGUGUGAGUUGUUUCAGGGGAGAGGGUGGCCCGGGAGCUGCAUCGUGAAUGCGGAUUUCUCUGCCGAAGCUGUCCGUCUUGGUCGAGAACAGGAGGCGAGGAAGGAACAAGACCAGGCAAUGAAAUGGAUCCAGGUUGAUUUACGGUCCUGGGGUGAUGUCGCCGGCUUGUGUCCCCAUGGCCCGUUUGACGUUCUCCUCGACAAAAGCACGAGCGAUGCCAUUGCAACGUCCCCAACAAUGACUUUAUCUGCCUUAUCUGAUAAAGCUUCCUUGUGCCCGUCAGUAAGGGAAAUAGUGGAGAGGAAUGGAGAACUCACACUAUCACCAGUGGAGUUACUGGCUUUACACCUCGUCCCACUGACACUAGAGGGCGCAACUUGGAUCGCGCUUUCAUACUCGAGUACUCGCUUCGACAAUCUCACUUAUGCCGGGAAGUAUUGGAAUCUAGUAUCACGGACGCCAAUGACAGCGCCAAAAGGUGAAACGUUCACAUCCGCGUAUACUCCGGAGGUGUUUCACUGGGCUUACGUCCUUCGACGAACAUGA